AGGAUGUAUGCGAAUGCGCAGGUUGGGUAAGGGACAAUCUGUCCUUUUUCUCGCCCCUCCUGAUGUGGAUCGCAAAAUCCGCAAGUUCUCGAAAAAGAUCCAUGGAGAACGAAUCGGUGUAUACGACGUUCUUUCCUGGUCCAUCAGGGAGACAUGUUCCAGCCUAAGGCGUUAUAGUUGUGAUUGGAGAGAGCAAGGCAUUCAUUACAUCGACAGGCAAUGCGCAUGGAAAGAGUUUUGGACAUCCUACAUCCGCCGCACCUCAGUGUUAGAAAAAUAUUGGUUGAGACCCGAGUUGAAGUCUCUCGAGGAAAUGUAUGGGGCACCGUCGUCCUCCGGGCCACUGGAACAGGAACCGUCCCAUCCGGCAGCCGAUUGUCGCGAGAUCAAGCAGAGGAGUGAGAUUUUCUCGUCCUCCACAAUGAGUUGGCUGGUGAAAAUGGCAGAAGAGCAGGAACGUGAAGUAGUCCACGAGUCUAGGCGCGAGCCGGAGGACGAGGAGUCACUACCACCUUUACGACCUGCUCGCCAUCACCUCCAUCCUGAUGUCGAAUCAUUUGUGCACGAUGGUCAAAUACCACCAUCUUCUCGUGCUUUCGUCUCGCUCUUUUCUUCAAUCCCAAUCCUCCCUCGGUCUCAGCAAGACACCAAGUGGUCACGCAACCUUCUUGCAACCAGCGACUUCGUCACCACAAUCAAAGGUUCGAGUGCACACAAAGGCAUCGAGUUUCUUCGGCCUGUGAACUGGAUACUGUCUAGCAUUCGCGGAUCGAUGCUCGUGGUGUGCAGUCCUUUUGAGGUGAAUGAGUUGCUCCCAGAAAUUCGUCGCAGCGGCAACGUCAGGUUGCACGUGUACUCUCCAAGAACAAGUCAGCCGAUGAGGUCCUUCGAUGAUCUCAAAUUUUACACAAUUCCGUCCUUACCGACGACGUGGACCUACACGGAGAGGCUCACAGUCUCGCAGCUCAAUAUAUUCUCAGGCCAGAUGUACAUCAACAACUUCGAAACGUAUCUCGAACUUUGCAAUUUUCUGGGCGUCAACACCAGUCAUGAUGGGAGGAACGAAGUAGAAACACAAAGUGAUGGUUUUGUCCUACCCAGGAAGCGUACUCGGGAAAUGAGCUUGGUCUGCCCCUUUGAUAUUAGUCCCUUGCCUUUCAUCCGCAAGCUAACGAGUCUCCGGAGGAACGGAACGUCCUAUGCCUCUACUCAUCUUGGACGAAUUGUGAAUGGAGCAUUCAUACAGCCAGAGGAGUUUUGAUGGAAUACGCACCAUUACUGAUCAUGUAUAUAAUUAUCCAGCUUGCAAAUUCGCAGCUAGGCGUAUACUUGUACCAUUGAAUGAGCUUGCG